GUGAACACCCACCGAGACAGCGCCCUCACCUUUCUCAGCCAGAGCCUGGAGUACUCCAACAAUUCCCGGGCCUCCCUCCGCAAGUCCUCGGUCCUGCUCAUAGGGUCCCUGGUCCCCUUCAUGGAUAGCAUAAUGACGGAAGAUCGUCUGAAUGAAGUUAAAGCCGCUCUGGAAAACUUGAGACACGACCCGGAAGCAUCGGUGUGCAUCUGUGCGGCCCAAGCCCAGGACAGCAUCCUGACCAGCUGCUGGCGGACCUCCUGGCCAAUGACACAUGCAGACCUGUGGGUGUGCGACCCGGCCGCCACGCACCGCUGGGGCUCCAGCUGCGAGAACCUGCCCACGUCCCACCAGCCACGCUCCUGGAUCAUGCAGGCCCUGGGCUCCUGGACGACGUCCUUGAGGCAGUGAUGUCCCUGAGCCCCAGCCCUCCGCAGGGCAGG